CCCCCCAUCUUCACUCAUGUCAUCCACAGUCGAGCUCCCAUAUGAGCUCAAGCAAGAUAUUUUCGAGCUCACCGCCUACGCCCAUCCAGACGUCGCCCCGAGGCUAGCUCUUGUGUCUCAUCAGGUCCAGCAAUGGGUCGAGGCUGUCAUAUACGAGACCAUAGUCCUCGGCCCCAAGUCAAGAAAACAAGACCUGUUCUGGAGGACAUUCUCCUCUAGACCACCCGAAUUCUUCGCCAAAAGAAUUAGAUCCUUGCAUGCCUCCACGGGGGCCCCACCUGCGCAGGUGUUUUCCCUGUUCUCGGUGUGCCAAAACCUCGCCACCUUCACGUGGUGGGACAGGCAAGCCAAGUUCGACACGCAUCUCGCCCUCAUCGCAUCUUCCUCCAACUUGCGCCGCCUCUCGGUCGAUGCGUUGACCGUCGUCGGCUCCACUGUCCUGAAUUUCAGACACCCCCUCUUCAAGCACCUCACACAUCUCGAAAUUGUCAACCCACCAAUCGGAUACGGUUGGACAUCGCUCCUGGAAGAAGGAGCCCUUCCGGAUUUGACACAUCUGGCGUUCGGUGACUUGUAUGCCGCGCACGCUUACCAAGAGCCUAGUAUCGUUCCAUUUCUCGAAGCAGCACUGGCGUCCGAGGAGCCGAUGCUCAAGGUUCUCAUCCUAGUUUCGCGCGACGAAGCGUUGCAGGCAGCGUUGGAGGAGGACGGAAUCACAGACGACAAGCGCGUGGUCUGCCUUCCGUCGUAUCAUCAUCCCCUGAAUCCGGUCGAAUACUGGGAGGGAGUGGCACGUCGGGAGGUGCAGUUCUGGGAGACAGACAGAGUCAGACGGUAGUCAUAGGAUCUUAGAGCUCGUUCUCGAUAAUAAAUGGCCUGGUCAAGGCCGGAUCGCAUGAGAGCGGAUUGCCGGGAGGGAGAGAGAGCCGCUGGAUUACAUCAGUCAUCAUCAAUCCAAAGGAACAAUCAUCUCAUCAACAAGGACGUGCAAAACGCCCAUGACCGCCGAGUCAAUCUGCGCGCGCAACCGAAAUGCCAACGGUCAUCGCAAGUCAUCCCUUCCCUGACUCGACGAGAAGACCAGAGCAUGACGAAAUCAUCAUCUACGAGUUAUCUCGUUGAGAUCAAGACCAUUGAUCCUACCAAUCUGACUUAUCGCAAUGCUUUCAUUCACCCUCGUGCCUCGGCUGGCAUCUCAAUACAAAAGGCACAUAGGUCGAACACGAAAGCCAUCCUCAUCCGAACAUCCCCAUGGCCUCCGCGACAUUCACAACCACGCUCCUCCCGCGAUUCCGCGCGCUCGUCGAAGAGUGGACCGCGAAACACCCCUCCUCAGCGGGAUUCACCGUCCCGCUGUCGGACCUCCGAUCAACGACGUCAGCCACGGCGAACAAAGACGUGGUAGUCGCGUUCCGGACGCGUCCCCCGCUGCCGAACGAGGCCGCGGAGCAGUUCCAGGCUGCGGCCGAGGGACACAGCUACGAGGCCAACAGCGAGGAACGGCAGCGACGCGCCGGGGAAGAGGUGGCGAAGACGCAGCUGGAGCCGGUGGAGUUCUGUGCGGGGAUUACGGUGACGAGUGCCGAGCCGGGUGUAUUCACCGCCCAUGUGCCCGGGAUGAAGUGGAACGGGCCGACUCUCGCUCACAAAUCGUACGAGGCCGAUCUCGCGUUCGGACCGGAUGUACAGAAUGAAGAGGUUUACAAGCGCACGGUGGUGGCGAAUGACUUGCUGACGCUAGUGCUUUCCGGCGGGGUGGGCUGCAUCCUGGCUUACGGCCAGACGGGCACCGGGAAGACCUACACGAUGGAGAGCGUCGAGCGGAGCAUCGCACGGGACCUUUUUGACCAGGCGCGUAUCGUCGGUCAACGGUUCGUUGCUGCACAGGGCGGAGAACAUCCCACGGGCGACAUCUUCGAGUUUCAGGUUUCGUUCUUGGAGUUGCUCGGAAACCAUGCUGGCGAUCUGCUGGAGGAGACAGAAGAGGUCGAUGUACAGGGAAACAGGGUCCUCUCUGAAGUGGCCGUUCGUGAGGAUAAGGUUGGCAAUGUGCGACCGAAUGUCACCUAUUCGUCUGUGCGUUCUUCGGAAGAGCUUGAAAGCCUCAUCAAUAAGGCUUUGUCACAUCGACGGUCAAGCGCUACUCAACGAAAUGCUAAGAGCAGCCGUAGUCACGCUCUGCUCAGCAUCUCGAUCAAAAAUACGCUCUUGCCGUACGCAGAUGAGGGCCAGCUGGUCCUGGUGGACCUGGCAGGUAGCGAGCGCUACGAGGAUUCGAAAGAUCACGACAAGCAACGCCGCGAUGAAGCGAAAGAGAACAACAAGAGUCUGAUGAACCUCAAGGAAUGCGUCCGGGCGAAGGCGAAGAUGGCGGCAGAAGAUGGCUUCGUGCACAUACCCUGGCGCUCAAACAAGCUGACCAUGCUAUUGAAGCCCAUAUUCGACAUCGAGAGUCGUCAGCUCUCCAAAGCGGUCAUCAUUGCCCAUGUCUCUCCACACAUCCAAGACACCACUCAUUCAACCAACACCCUCUCGUAUGCUGCGCCUUUCAAGACGGUGCCGCCCAAACCUCGUGGUGCUCCCCGCUUCGACAAGGAGGACCCCCGGACCUGGGACCACCAGAAGACGAUCGAUUGGCUCGCAGAGCAAUUCGACCAGGGGACCGUCGACCCGCUUAAGAUCUGCCCCGUCGGUUCGACCGCGAAGAACCUCGGGAUGUUGUACACACCCGAAUUCGUCGAGCGCUGUCUUGCAGCGCGCCACGCCGAAUCAUGCAGCGCGGAGGACCUCAAGAUGAAGGCAGUCCAUGUGAUCGGCAACUUGUUCUACUUGAUCUUGACCGCAAAGACGAGGAAGCGGAACGAGGUGAUGAAGAGUCGUAGGAGGCUAGUCAUGGAAGACACAUACGGCGUCGCACCUCGCAAGGAUCACGACGAAGACUACAACUCGGAAGAGUUCCUCGAAGCCCAGAUCUACUAUGGCAUGUCGCAUGCUUUGAUUCGAUUCGUUUCCAUUGAACUCCUAGCGCAGGCACUGGUUGGCAAGACACUGUUAUUGCUGCCUAUGAAAAAUCGAAGGCGGAGGGGACAGACUGGCAUAAUGUGGUCCACCCUAACACAGUCAAGGACCUGAUAGACAGAUUCCGCGAACAUCAAGCU